AUGAUCGGAAAUCUAAAGUCAUUAGAAUCUUUAGAUUUGUCGACGAACAAGUUAUCUGGUGGAAUUCCUCGAAGUUUAGAUAGCUUGAACUCACUAGGGUAUUUGAAACUAUCAUUCAAUAAAUUAUCCGGUCUAUUACCUACUGGAAGCCAUUUCCGGACUUUUGAGGAUCCCGCUAUGUUUGAAGGGAACAACGAGCUAUGUGAUGAUGAAGGUAAAAAUGGUUCACAAGGUUUCUCAUGGUUUUAUGCUGAUUCUAUUGGAACCUUGAGCUCUCUAAUAGAGAUCUCUCUAUCUGGUAGCCAUUUGUCGGGUUCAAUACCUCCCUCACUUGGUGGCCUAUCAUCUCUAACAUACCUCUCUCUUUCUGAUAAUCAACUGAAUGGGGGCAUACCUGAAAGCAUUGGACUACUCACCAGCCUACAAUAUGUUUUUCUUUGUAGUAAUCAACUUUAUAGUAAUCAAUUGAGUGGGACCAUUCCCACUAGUAUUGGUCAGCUUUUAAACCUUCAAGAGCUUGAUUUUUUGGGUAAUAAAUUGAACGGGAGCAUACCUGAAAGCAUUGGACUACUCACCAGCCUACAAAUGCUCUUUCUUGAUAGAAAUCAAUUGAGUGGGAACAUUCCCAGUAGUAUUGGUCAGCUUUCAAACCUGGAAGUCCUUUCUCAUCCUAAUAAUCAAUUGAGUGGGGUUGUUUAUGAAAUUCACUUCAUCAAACUCUACAAUACAACUUACCUGGAUUUGUCUGGCAAUUCAUUGAUAACGUUCAAUGUGAGCCGUCAUUGGAUUCCUCCCUUCCAAUUGAGGAUUUUUCAUGCAAGCUCCUGCUGCAACAUGGGACCCCAAUUCCCAAAUUGGCUUCAAACACAAACACAUCUAACAGAAUUACAUCUUAGAAAUUCGAGUAUAAGAGAAAGCAUACCAGAGUGGUUUCACAACAUCUCCUCUCAUCUUUAUUACUUGGAUCUGUCCGACAACGAGAUCGGACCCGAAUUCCCAAAUAUUCAAACAUCAACUGAUCUUGAAUAUUUAGAUCUUUCAAAUUCUAGUAUAAGAGAUAGCAUACCAGGGUGGUUUCAAAACAUCUCCUCUCAUCUUCGAAGCUUGGAUCUAUCCGACAACGAGAUCCAUGGAAAUCUGCCACGAAUAAUAGCGAAUAACAACACAGAUAAUUAG